AUGGAUAUUGUGGGUCCCCUUCCAUCUUCUAACGAAAACUGCUAUCUUCUCACCAAUACCGAUGGCCAGAAACCACCUCAAUUCUGGACGUGCAGGCAGAUACAGUUGGCAAAACUUUCGUUGCGUACUUCGUUUCCAGGUUUGGAACGCCGGCAACCAUCCCAGCCGACAGAGGCGGGCAGUUCGAAUCUGACCUUUUCAACCGACUAUUUAAAUUACUAG